UUUAUUCGUAAAAGUAGAAAUAAGUAGAAGUGCGAGAAAAGAUAAGCAUCGUUCAAGAAUCGCAGCGUAGUGUGCUUACAAAAUAAAAAAUAAAAAUUGGAAACCGCAAUUAUAGUGGUUGCAUAUUAUAGAUAGACCUAUGUUUAUUUCUAUUUACGUGCAAUUCAGAUAAAUUAGUUUCUGAUAAGUGAUCAGAUUAAAGCAAAUUAGACGCAAUUUUCCUAUGGGCGAUUUGCGUGCUGUUGUCUGCCUUUAACGAUUGCCUGCACAACCAUUGGCAAGGAUGUUGUGCGGAAGUGAAAAGCGAUAAAAAAAAGCCGAGAAUACUUGCAAAAAAGUUAUGUGAAUAUAAGAGUAUUCAAACGAUUACUGCAAAGAACAGUAUAAAUAAAUACUUUUGUUAGAUAAAGUUAAGAAUUUAUAAAAAAUACGCCCAUAUAAACGAAACGUGAAUGCGUCAAACUAUUGCGUGUGUGUGAACUUUUGUACUUUUGCUGGAAACUUAAUCCAAUUGCUUUGCGGGCGGUGGUGAAUCCAACGUACCCACGCCUUUAACUAUAUCAUAGUCUGGCGUAUUUCCAAAAGUGUAUUUGUAUCUUCUUUUUUAUCAUAACUAUAUAUAUUGUGCUUAUAUAAAUGCGCUGAUAUUCUUCAAGUUAGUCUCCCGAAAACUGUUGCGAUGGAUUUUGUAAGCUUGAUCAAAUCAUCGUACGAUGAUUGCGGAUUAUUGUUCUCCGAAUCAUGGUACAAUAUGCUGAAAAUGGAAAUAAAAAUUAACGUUUACUUGUACAUAUGUGUCACGUUAUUGACGCUAAUCGUCAUUGGCUGGUACAUCUUCUACAAACGAUGGCAACAAAAUAAAGAACGACAGCUGAUGUUACAAGCACAAAUACGCGGUGCAUCAUCUAGCGCUGCCGGCGAUAUGACCGGCUUGCGUUUCCGUAAACGCGACAAGAUGCUCUUUUACGGUCGUCGAAUGUUGCGAAAAGUGAAGAACGUAUCUGGGCAGAUGUAUGGUGGACAGGGACGCAAACGGAAAGCAGUUAUGCGUUUUGCGAAGCGUAUUCUUCAGCUGCGCCGUGAAAACAUCCCAACGCUUCUGAAUACAGUAGAGCCACCGGCCGAGUAUUUGCAAGAGACAACUGAAGGCAGCGAUCGAGUGCCGCCUGACGCUCUCUAUAUGCUCCAAAGCAUACGCAUAUUCGGACACUUUGAAAAACCGAUUUUCCUUAAGUUGUGUAAACACACGGAAGUAUUGACGCUGGAGCCAGGCGAUUUUCUCUUCAAGAUUACUGACUCCGAUGACAGCGUAUUCAUUGUGCAAUCUGGUUUGGUGCAUGUUUUUAUUUCAAAUGCUGACGGCAGCACACUGUCGUUGAAAACAGUGAAGACGGGUGAAUCAGUAACGUCGCUAUUGAGUUUCAUCGAUGUGUUGUCAGGUAGUCCGAGCUACUAUAAAACCGUCACCGCUAAGGCAAUAGAAAAAUCCGUUGUUAUACGCCUACCAAUGCAGGCUUUCCAAGAGGUGUUCAAUGAGAAUCCCGACAUUAUGAUACGCGUCAUUCAGGUGAUUAUGGUGCGUUUGCAGCGUGUGCUCUUCACGGCACUGCGCACAUAUCUCGGUCUCAAUUCGGAGUUAGUGCAAAGCCAUAUGCGUAUUAAGAAAAGUGCUGGUGCCACAAUUUUAAAGACAUCACCUCUAUAUCGACGCUCCACACACCCAGAUGCAGUACAGCACUCAUUGUCAGACUUUAUGCCACCACCAGACAUGUUGGUCGACUUGGCGCAUGAGUCAGAACGUCAUUCGGGCAUACAAACUGCCUUGCCAAAUGCUCAGCCAGCGGGUAAUGGUAGUGCCAAUAGUGGAGGUGGCGCUACCGGUGGUGGACAAUCGACGCUGGCCAAUUCACGAGCAAACAGCAUUGGUAACUUAGUAACUCGUCGCUAUUCACUUAUACACGCGGAAGCGCUGGCGAAUGCCGCCAACGCAGAGUUGACCAGCUUACGCGGCUAUGCAUUGGACAGCUUCUUGCGUGAACUCGGCUUGCCGGAAGACGAUCGCGCAUUUAUUGAUCCAUUUGUGGAGCUGGACGAAGUGGAGGCGAAUAUUGCGUUGAUCAACGAAGGAAGUAUGGAUGAUAUCUGUGUUUGGAUUGUGCUCACUGGCGCUCUGAACGUGUAUCAAAGCAACGUGGAUGUCACACGUACAGUAAAGACUGAAAACGCCGAUGUGUUUAUUUACACAGUGCACCCAGGGGAAAUCGUUGGCGGACUGGCGAUACUUACUGGCGAGGCAAGCAUGUACACUAUAAAAACAAAAUAUAUAACUCGACUAGCUUACAUACGACGUCCUGGCAUUUAUGCAAUAAUGCGUGAGCGUCCUCGCAUUGUACUUGAUCUCGGUAAUUGUGAAGUGCGUCGUCUCUCGCCUCUGGUUCGUCAAUGCGAUUACGCGUUCGAUUGGGUUUUCCUUGAGUCUGGGCGUGCCGUCUACCGACAGGAGGAGAAUAGUGAUAGUACUUACAUCGUGCUCAGUGGGCGUAUGCGUUCUGUGAUAACGCAAUCUAGUGGCAAAAAAGAAAUAAUCGGCGAGUACGGCAAAGGUGAUCUUGUGGGACUGGUGGAGAUGAUAACGGAGACUUGUCGUACAACGACUGUGAUGGCUGUGCGCGAUACAGAGCUUGCCAAAUUGCCGGAAGGCCUUUUCAAUGCAAUAAAAUUGCGUUAUCCGAUUGUCGUGACAAAGCUGAUAAGUCUUUUAAGUCACCGUAUAUUGGGCACCAUGCAAACUCGGCAUGACAGCACAUCAGCACCCUUUGAGGCAAAUCCGGUAACACACAAAUACUCUACUGUAGCGUUAGUGCCGGUUAGCGACGAUGUGCCGUUAACAGCGUUCACCUACGAACUUUACCACUCGUUAUGCGCAAUUGGCCCCACUUUGCGUCUUACAUCAGAGGUGGUUCGCAAACAGCUCGGCAUGCACAUAUUCGAGCCGAGCAAUGAAUAUCGUAUGACCUCUUGGCUAGCACAACAAGAAGAUCGCAACACCAUCACUCUGUAUCAGUGUGACUCAUCGCUCAGCGCUUGGACACAACGUUGCUUGCGGCAAGCGGACGUCGUACUUAUCGUGGGACUUGGAGAUCAUACGACGACGGUCGGUAAAUUUGAACGUGAAAUCGAUCGUCUUGCAAUGCGCACACAAAAAGAGCUCGUACUGCUAUAUCACGAAUCGAGUACUACGAAACCGAAGAACACACUGCAAUGGCUGAAUGUCAGGCCAUGGGUCACCAAACAUCAUCACCUGCAGUGUCCAAAGCGCAUGUUUUCGCGCAAGAGCCAAUAUCGCAUUAAUGAUUUGUACAGCCGCGUUCUAAUGUCCGAGCCGAAUAUGCAUUCGGAUUGUUCGCGCCUGGCACGUUGGCUAACUGGCAACUCCAUCGGUUUGGUUUUGGGUGGUGGCGGUGCACGCGGUGCUGCACAUAUUGGCAUGUUGAAAGCCGUGCAAGAGGCUGGCAUACCGGUAGAUAUGGUGGGUGGUGUUAGCAUUGGCGCGCUAAUGGGUGCGCUGUGGUGUUCCGAUCGGAAUGUUACAACGGUUACACAGAAAGCGCGUGAAUGGUCAAAGAAAAUGACAAAAUGGUUCCUGCAAUUGCUUGAUCUCACUUAUCCGAUUACAUCGAUGUUCUCUGGACGAGAAUUCAAUAAAACCAUUCACGAGACAUUCGGCGAUGUUGUCAUCGAGGAUUUAUGGAUUCCGUAUUUUACACUAACGACUGAUAUUACCGCAAGCUGCCAUCGCAUACACACAAAUGGAUGUUUAUGGCGCUAUGUGCGUGCAAGCAUGUCCAUAGCGGGCGUCUUUCCACCGUUUUGCGAUUAUAGAGACGGUCAUUUACUACUCGAUGGUUGUUACACCAAUAAUGUGCCAGCUGACGUAAUGCAUAAUUUGGGCGCUGCACAUAUUAUUGCAAUCGAUGUGGGCUCCCAGGAUGACAUGGACUUGACGAAUUAUGGCGAUGACUUAUCUGGUUGGUGGUUGCUGUACAAGAAAUGGAAUCCCUUCACAACACCGGUGAAGGUGCCUGACUUGCCCGACAUACAAUCUCGUUUAGCGUAUGUUUCGUGUGUACGCCAACUCGAGGAAGUGAAAAAUUCUGACUACUGCGAAUACAUUCGCCCACCAAUUGACAAGUACAAAACGCUCGCCUUCGGCAGUUUCGAUGAAAUACGCGAUGUGGGUUACGUUUAUGGCAAAAACUACUUCGAUUCCAUGGCCAAGACCGGACGUUUGGGACGCUUUAAUCAGUGGUUCAACAAGGAGCCUUUAAAAAAGGAGAAUCAUACCUCGUUAAGCGAUUAUACAUUCAUCGAUUUGGCGCAUAUCGUUUGCAAAUUACCCGAGACAUACAUUAGCAAUGAACAAUUCCAACAAGGUUAUCUGUUUAGCGAAGACGAAGACUACGACGGCUAUAUUUCAGAGCCCUCCACAUACAAGCGGAUCAAAAUCAAGCGCACCGGCACUUCGUUGUCGCUCUCCGAAAAUGAGAUGGACUCAGAUAUCGAGGUUGAUUUGUCAUUGGCCAUACGGCAACAUCAUGCACAUCGUUCAAGGAGCACACCGCAUACCCCCGCCUCCGAAUCGCACACCGGCGGUGACCAAGUAGAUAACAAUGGCCGUGGCAGCAUUGUACGCUUUGAUGGUAGUGUACUUUUCAAAGGCAAUGGCGGCGGCGGUUCGCAAAUUAGUAUACGUAGUCGUGGCGGCAGUACUGAUUUUAUAACACCCUAUGAUGAGCUAAACAUUGAUGCUGUAGUUGAUGAGCUACCAUUAGAUCCGGUAGUGAUAAAGAAAGAGGAAAUAAAAAUCGAACAGACCGAAAUUGACGCAACAGCGACAACGCCUGUGAAAACCACUGAAACCCAAGUUAAGGAAGAAGAUCUUUGUACACCUACGCCGAGCAAUUCAAAUGCCAGUAUAGAUGCCUCCAUGAAAAGCACAUACACUUCAAAUGCUGAUUCUGCGACCUCCUCACUAGGCGUUAAUAUAAGUGACGCAGAAACAAUACCAACAACAACUACAUCUGCAUUAGAAAGCCCCUCUACGGCGACGUAAUGAAUGACUGCGAGUAUUUAGUUUCUAAGUAAUUAUUUAAGUAAUAGAGUGUGUAUGUGUCACGUGACUGUGAGUGCGAGAGGAAUGCAGAGAGAGGGUUUGUUUAGCUCACUUUCGUAGCUAUAACUUUACUGAACAGAAAAAAGUUGCCUAGAAAUAGGAAAAUUCUUAAAUUAAUUGAUUUUGGUGGUAAUAACUUUUUAAUUACUCUGAUGAAACCCUACUUGAAAACACUACUUAUGUAAAUAAUUCGAAUUAAUUGUUUCCGUCUUCUUCAAAAUAAAAUAUAUCGCACAUCAAGCUCGUAAUAUCCAACGACAAUAUUUCGACUCAUAAUAAUUAAGUUAAACGCUGUAGAAAUUUAUAGCAAACAUUUAAGUGUAAUUUUAUUUUUAAUUUUAUUUUAAUUGUUUUUCUUUUUUUUUAAGUUUAUAAGUUGUGGGUUCAUCUAAUACGUAUCGAGAUACAUUUAGUUAACGUAGAUAUUCACUUUUGAAUAAUUUGGAUUAGGAUAUACUACGUUACAUUCAUCAGCUGAAUUUUAAUUUCAAAUUAUUGUUAAAAGACAACUGCUGAAGUGCAACUUUUUGGCAUGAUGAUUCAAUGGUUUAUCAAUAUAAAUAUAUCCAUACUUUUGAAGUCACUUAAUGAACUACUUAUUUAUAUUGGCACUUUUAAGGAAAAUGUUUUGAUUUCUUGUAACAAAUUUUUCGUCAAUUCCGAAUGAGGCUUAAUAAAUACGAAUACUGAACCCCAGCGCACACGUGCAAGUGCAAGUGCAAAUCCGAAAAGCUCAAUAUAAGUUGUGUUCGCUGCACUCAAUAAUUACAAUAACAUUGCGACAUUUGAUGACCUCAGCUGAUUAGCAGCCGCAUUAUUUCGAGCGCAGAGCUUGUAGUGGAAACAUGGACCAUUUCUCUUUUCAUUUGAACUUAGUUUUACACUAUGAAUAAUGAAUAAAUAAAUAUCAAUUUAAUUGAAUUUAAUGUAAAUAAAUAUUAAACUUCAAUGUAGUAUUUAUGAAAUAAAAAAUUAUUUUCCCUCUUCCAUUUCCGCUCCGUAGUUAUUUAUACUGUGCUUGAUUAGCUAGAGAUGACAAUCAGAUUGCCAACAUUUCACUGGCAUUGACAUUGUUGCAGAACUUAUAUGGCAGAGUGUGACCCACAUUCAAGCUUUUCUCGGGUAAUUUUGCAUGACGUCAGCUUAGAGUAGCUUAAAUAACCAGCCUUUAUAACAGCAAUGAAAAGUUAGAUUAAAUUAAUCUGAAAUAUUUAUUUGCUAACAAACCCCUAAAAUGACGUCAUUUCAACAACUGAUUCGUCCACAUGCGUUUAGACCCUUUGGGCGAUAUGCGCAACCUGCUGCAAUUUCUGAACCGAAAAAAGAAAAUACCUACUUGUAAUAGUGUAAAGUUAAUAAAUAUUGAAAUUUGCGUUUUUGAAAUGCACUUGCACUUGCCCGUGUGCCAUAAAAGCACGUUGCUAGUAAGUUCAAAUUUUCAACGAUAAUACGUAAUCUCUACUUACAACGAUUUACGUGCAACUUGUGAUUGUAACGUAAAUAAUGACAGCAUUUGAUGCUAUGCAAUCCAUCGCUUAAAGUCUUUUUCAUUUACUUACUUUUAAAGUCGAAAUCACAUAAAAAAAUCAUAUUAGAAAUAGUCAUAGUGGAUUUAAACGAUUUUUGCGUUUUAGGUUUUGUAAGUACAUUUAUGUAUAUUUAAUAAUAUUUAGCAUUCAACUUAUGAAAAGAACUUUUGUAACUACUCUACUUCUACGAUAUUGUAAAUUGACGAGUGCACAAUUCAAAAACAUUUGACAGCAGUGUUAGAGUUUUUUUCCGUAAAAGUCUUCUAAUCGUAAGCAGUACUUUUAUGCGAAGAAUUUUGUCUAAAAUAAAAGCAGAUGCAAAGAAAA